UGAUUUUUUAUAGCGAAAGAAAGUGAUGAUUGUGAACUUCAAACUACUGUGAAACCUCUUUGCCCAAUGGUUUUGUCAGCACCAUGAUUUCACGAGCAUCUUUGAUUAUUCACUAAUAAUUUCUUUCUUGUCUUCUGGGUAUUUGGUAGGCAUCAACGACAACUUACGUGCACUCUUUUUUGUUAUGGCUCUGCAGUUGCUAUAUGGGCAGGAUCAUUCGGGCAUUGGCAGAAUACCAGAUGCUCCGGCCUCCAACUCUAGCUUGCCUUUGUCAACAUCUACUACUUAUUUUUUGUACCAAGAAGAUGUCAUGGAUGGAGAUGGGUCUGGUAUUAAUUUCCAAUUGGGAAAUUAAUAGUUCUAUGACUGUGGGAUUUGCACAUUCCAACGAAAAGAAAGCAUCUUUGCUUGGACCAGAAGCUCCUUUAUAUAAGCAAGCCUUUGAUUGCUGACCCGCAAUAGGCUGGCUCGGGGGUUUCCUCACUUUUGCUUGGUAGGAUCACAAGCUCCAGAGUUGUAAAAUGGGAAGGCAACCUUGUUGUGAUAAGAUUGGAUUGAAGAGAGGUCCAUGGACAAUUGAGGAAGAUCACAAGCUCAUGAACUUCAUCCUCAACAAUGGCAUCCACUGCUGGAGAAUGGUUCCUAAACUUGCAGGUUUGCUGAGAUGUGGGAAAAGUUGCAGAUUAAGAUGGAUAAAUUAUCUGAGGCCAGAUCUUAAGAGAGGUUGUUUCACUGAAAAUGAAGAGAAUGAAAUAAUUCAACUUCAUUCACGUCUGGGUAACAGGUGGUCUAAGAUUGCUGCACAUUUUCCUGGCCGCACAGACAAUGAAAUCAAGAACCAUUGGAAUACACGAAUCAAGAAGAGAUUAAAGCUCCUUAGCUUAGACCCUGUGACUCACGAGCCCAAUGAGCAAAAGGGAAUAAGUAGUGAUAAAAAUGAGACAGCAAUAGAGUCACGUUCAUCGAAAGGAGAAGAGAAAAGUGAGGAAUUUAAGUUCAUGGAUAGUCAUGCCAAGAGAGAUUCUCUAGGAACGGAGGAGAAAAUGGAUGGAGUGAAGCUAAUCUUGGAUGAAACAAACGAUCUACUGAGCAGUUAUGACAUCUGGUGGGGAGGCUUGGAUUUUGGAUCAUGGAUUCAUCAAGAAACCAACACAAAAAGUUAUUAUAGCUUGGAAAAUUCUGUCAACCCCUCUAUGGGUGAAUCGUCCUCUAUUCAAGAAGAGUCUCUACAACAAUGGGUUGAAAGUGUGGAUUCCGUACUCUCUUGGGAUGGUUUCAAUUAUCUGGAACAGGAACUUUUCUUCUUGCAAAACAGCAAAUGAACACACUCCCAUCUGACCUCCCAAGUAUCUAUGGUUUCUUUUUGGAUGAAAAGUGUCUUAAUUAGUUUCUUGAACACCGGGCAAGAAAUUUGUUGGAAGAAGUAGUUAUUGUGAAGAUGAUUGUGAGUGACUUUCUAUGAAGUAAGAAACUGCAUGCCAGUCCUUUCCAUU